AUGUCGAGCCCUCCUAAGCAGUACAUUUCCACGAUGAAGAACGUCUACACCUAUGUGCAGAAGGAGUGGACUGCUAGUGGAAAGCGGAUCUUGGGUGAACGUGGACACGCUGCUAUUCAUCUGCAGUCUGUUCGUAAAAGCCACCCAGCUCUGCCAAUCUUUCUCUACGCGCUGGUUGGUGUCGUAGUAGCCUCGAACGGAGCUUUGCUUCGAAUUUGGGGCGGGCUCUCACCGGUCGCCUUGUGGAUUCUCAACUGUAAUUACAGUCAGACGCGCAAAAGCGGUCUCACAUCCAUUGCGGAGGUGUUCGCAUCUGUAGCAGACCAAUGCGUCCGCGAGACUUUUCGCCGACUUCUCCAGAACAAGAGUGUGGAUGCCAAGGUGAAGACUACCACAGUACAAGAAGACGGCAGGCACGAAGACACGCUGAUGCAAGACCUGGCUGCUCCAGCCGAGGCACAAGAUGACAGACAUGCGCGACUAAGUCUAUGGUCAGUGGCAUAUCUUGGCGGCACCAUUGAGCGCUGCAAGGAGCGCUGCAGUGGUGACUUCAACUUUGUGCAAAACAAUCCUAAAGCCUUCAAGGAUUUGCCAGGCAUUGAUGCGUCUGCUACUGCUUCUGCAGCCGAAGCCGCCGUUGCAAGUGGGGAGGGCUUGCGAGGGCGUACCUGGUUUUCUACGCUGUUGCUCUUUGACGAAGCGUAUGAGUUUCUAAUGGAACUCGGCAUCUUGGACAGUCCAAGUUCCGCUGCAAAGAAACAGAUGUCUGGAGGCGUUGAUGUUUCUGGUCAAACCCCCAAUGCUGGGUGGGCAAACAGGCUACUGCAAACGGGCGUGAGCACGUUCGAAACGAAGAGCUGUGGAUCGUUCGGCGGCUUGCACUCUCCAAGCGUCAACACAGCCCUAGCCGGCAAUUUUCAUCCCGGCGUCGCGGUGGAGAUGAUUCGCGGGCUCCGUGGCGACCACGGAUGCCAAACAAAAGCUCGCUUCCUGUUUGCCAGUGGGCAGCCCAUCCAGCCGCAUGAGGAGUACGAAUCUGUCGGCUUGGAUGCCAAAGUAGAGUACUGCGCACUCCCCAGUGUGUUGCUUGAUUUGUUGCGACUGAACUGCUUGGAGAGUCCUGAGAAGGCAGCAGUGGAACUAAAGCACGAGGACGACCUCAUCGACGGUGUUGCUGAGUUCACGGACGCAGGUUUCUUUCCCGAUGCAGUGGGUUGGCCUUACACCUUGCCAGACGGCGUUGUCACUAAACUUCGCUUUCGCCAGCCUCCAGACGGUCCUCAGCCAGAGUGGUCCAUGGCAGACAGAGAUGUAGACGUUCCUCCAGAGCUUGAACUACGCCCGGCAGCGCAGCGUCUCACUGAGAUCUUUGAGCAGGAGCACCGCGUCCUAGAGUUCUCAGAGAGCGGCAAGCAACUUUUCAAGAGCUACUCGUGCUAUUUUAAUAUUAUGGUGGCUCAAGCUCGAGAAGAUGGUGACGUGGGUCAGGGUGCCCAGAUGGGCGCGUGUCCGUGGAAACUUGCCAUGCUUGCUUCGGCUUUGGCACUCUGGGAUCUUGCCUGGCAGCAGUCGGCGCCGCCGGUUAAUCCGGAGGCGCCGGUCCUGAUCGAUGCGGAUGUGGUUGCACGGGCGUUUGGACUGCUGGAGAUUCUAGAGAGCGUAGUGGCUAUCAUGGCUGGUAAGGAAGAGUCGUCUGCCUUCUCAACGUUCAACGAAGCCGACUCAGCGGAGAGAAAGCGGAAAAGGCCCAUGGCUGACGAAGAUCAGCUUGCUCUUGCUCUGACGGGACAGAGUUCGAACAAAGAUCAAGACUGGCAACCGAAAGCACAACACACCGGACUGCCUGACACCGAAUUCUAUCGUCGGUUGCUCCUCAAGGCGGAAGCUUCAUCAGAGGGGGCAGAAACCUGUGUCAUCAAGUCACGAAGCGUGUACAACCUUCAGAGGUCGAAGGACCAGCUCACGCAACAGCCUUCUCUUGGGGACUUUCGCGCUAUUGUCAAAGCUGCUCCGUCAGUUCUGGGUAGUUUCGAUGCGGCCACAGAUAGCUACAACUUCACUUGCCCCUCUUCAGCUUCAUCGCCAGAAUAUGAGGCAGCCCUGAUGCAAUACGCGAACAUAUCUAGUGCCGCUUUGAAAUCUGCCCUCGCCAACUCGACCAGUAAACGUGUGAGGGUCAAGAGCAAGCCAGCCAAUCAGUCAUGA